AUUUUUGAAAACGGUUUAUUGAUAUGGCAGGUGUGUGUUGGAUGAUGUAAAAAUUAUUGUAGGAGUUUGGCUGCACAAAUUGCUAGCACAAAAAAAUCUAAUGCCGAGGUACAAUCUUCGAUUCCUUUGGUGAAAUUCUGAGCCUGCCUCUUACAUGAGCAUCGUGCCUUUAUCUUAUUUGCUUCACCGGAGUUGUAUCAUUCAUUGUUCCGAAUAUAUAUACCUUCGUUUGAGUCCAUAUUCUUUGACGCAUUUAUUUUAAUUGUUAUUUGCGACUGCAAUUAUCAUUCAUUCAUUAUAAUCAGCUCAGCACCCAUUGUUUCUCAUUUCUGAUCUUCAAGUGCUCCUUCUUCCGCAAAGAAAGAUGGAUUGUACUGAACUGUCAACAGGAGCUAUCUCCAAACUUGGAGAACUAGGAGUGAAGUCUGCCUUGAAGCAAUUUAAAUACAUGAUCCAACACAAAAAAAUUAUAGCCAAUUUGAAGGAAGAACUCGAGAAGUUGAACAGUUUGAAACAAUCGUUGCAAGGGUGGGUGGAUGCAGAAAGCACAAAAGGAAACGCAAUUCCACCUAACUUGUCAAACUGGCUCUCAAGCGUGGCAGCAAUUGAAGUUGAAUUACAAAGCUUCUAUGAAAAUAGAGAUAACAAGAACAAGAAAUGCUUUGGCGGCCAGUGUUCAGAUUUGGCAUUGAAAUACUCACAAGGUAAGCAAGCCACUGCAAAAACAGGAGAUAUUACAAGAUUGAAGGAGGAAGGAAGCAAACUUCCACUUAUAUCCUAUCCUAAAGCUCCACCGGCACUUGGAUCAACCUUUCUGAAAGAUAUUAAGAGUCUGGAGUCCAGAAACAAAAUUAUAAUCACAGUCAUAGAGAAACUGAAUGAUGAGCAGUUCAAAAGAAUUAGCAUUUGUGGGAUGGGAGGAGUAGGAAAAACCACAUUGGUAAAAGAACUCAUCAAAAUUGUCGAAAAUAAGUUAUUUGAUAAAGUUGUUAUGGCUGUCAUAUCCCUAAAUCCGGAUUACGACAAGAUCCAAAGAAAAAUUGCUGAUGAUUUAGGAUUGGUGUUGAAUAGACAGAGUGUAGAAGGAAGGGGUUCGGAAAUACUUGAGAGGUUGAAGGAGUUUAACGAUAAGAAGGUCAAGGUGCUAAUAGUCCUAGAUGAUGUGUGGGAAGAGCUUAACUUUGAGUGGAUAGGACUUUCUUCUCAAGAACAUCAGCAGGCUAUAAAGAUAUUAUUCACAUCACGAAAUGAAGAGGUGUGCCAAAAGAUGGGAAGCCAAGAGAAUGUACAGGUCUCUGUGUUGCUAGAGAAUGAAGCUUGGAGCCUAUUUCAAGAAAUGGCAGGAGGUAUUGUAAACAAACAUGAUAUCAAUCCAAUAGCAAGAGAGAUUGCAAAGCAAUGUGCUGGCUUGCCCCUUGCUAUUGCGACAAUUGGGAGAGCACUUCGCAAAAAGGAAAAGAUUUCAUGGGAGGCUGCCCUUCAAAAACUGAGACACUCCCAAGCAUCAUCUUUCCCAGACAUGCAGGAAUAUGUAUAUUCACGUAUUGAACUUAGCUUCAACUUUUUGGGCAGUGUAGAACACAAGUCUUGCCUUUUCCUUUGUGGAUUGUUUCCAGAGGACUUUGACAUUCCUAUUGAAAGUCUACUACGUCAUGGAGUUGGCUUGGGGUUGUUUGAUGCAACUGAUGCAGUUUGGGAAGCAAGAAAUCUGGUAAAUGAUAUGGUGAACAGUUUGAAAAGAUGUUUCUUAUUGCUAGAUAGUGAAGAGCCAGGGUGCAUAAAGAUGCAUGAUGUUGUGCGUGACGUUGUCCUAAAAAUUUCCUUCAGAGAAGAACUUGGAAUUUUGGUGCAGAGUAAUUCCGAUUUGAAGGUGGUGAAACAGAGACAAGAAAAAUGCCAUAGAAUGUCACUUAUUUUGAAUGAGAAGAUUCAGUUAGAAAGUGACCUAGAAUGUCCAACACUAGAGCUUUUACAAGUUCAAUCACAAAGAGAAGAUGGAGAGAGGACGUCAUGGCCGGAGAACUUCAUCCAUGGAAUGACUAAACUCAAAGUUUUAUAUAUGCAAAAUUUGCGCAUUCCAAAAACAUCACCUCAUUUUCACGCUUCAGUUAACACCUCGGUCAACCUUCACACAUUGCUACUUGAAGGAUGUGAUGUUGGAGAUAUAUCUAUAAUUGGUAAAGAGGUCAAGAAACUAGAAAUCCUAAGCUUUGCCUACUCAAAUAUUAAAGAACUUCCAGCUGAAAUUGGUAACCUGGGAUUUCUCAAAUUAUUGGAUUUGACAGGAUGUUAUUAUCUUUACUUCAUUUCUCCUAAUGUCUUUGCAAGGCUGUCAAAAUUGGAAGAACUUUAUUUUAGGACAGACACAUUUUCGCGGUUGCAAAACCAAGAAUUUCUCGAAGAGUUAAGAUAUCUUUCUCAUCUUAAGGUUUUUGAGAUCAGAGUAAGCAUGUUAAAAAUUUUACCCAAUGAUUUGAUAUUCAAAAACCUAGAAAAAUUCUGGAUUUAUGCAGAUCCUUAUGAUUCUUAUGAUCGUUAUGGAUAUUUGGAGUUGAAUGUCAUACAUUUAACAGAUUUAGAUUACAACUCUAUUAAGAGUAGUAUGAUGACCAUGCAUCUGAUCAAGAAAUGUGAACUUCUCAUAUUAGAAGAAGUUGUGGACCUGAAAAAUGUCAUCUCUGAAUUAGAUGAUUGUGGACUCCAAUAUGUGAAUCAUUUAAGGAUAGAAUCAUGCCCCAAUCUUGAGUGUGUCGUAGAUUGCAAUACUCCUUGGCGUGCCUUCCCAUUGAUCAAGUCAUUGUCUCUAAUAAAGCUGCCCAAGUUGAGGGAAAUAAUUCGUGCACAUGAUCACAGUGAAACCAAUAAAGCUGUGAUCGAAUUCUCAAAUUUAGAGAAAUUGGAGUUGCAGUUCCUCGGAAGUCUGAUUGGCUUUAGCAACUCCCUUUAUUCGGAUGAGCACCGUCAACCAAUUCAUGGAUUGAGUUCUACAACUAAAUUAACUGAUUCAACAAACACUGAAGAUCAUGAAAUAUUACAUAGAUCUGAUUCAGACCGGUUUGGUUGCAUGCCCUCAUCAAUUAGUGCCAAGUUGUUUUCAUCUAAUUGGAUGAAACAAUUUCCAAAAUUGGAAACAAUAUUGUUAAAAGAUUGCAGUUCCUUAGAGAUGAUAUUUGACUUGGAAGAAUGUUCUGAAUCUAGUGGCGAUGCACCGGAUUGUUGUUUGUUUCCUCAGCUAAGAAAACUUGAGAUAUCAUACAUAUUUAAGCUAUCAUAUGUGUGGGGUAAUGUUCCAUGUUGUGUUCAAGGCUUUCAUAAUUUGAGAUUUCUAACAAUUUCAAAUUGUGACUCUUUAAAAUAUGUAUUUACUUCUAACAUUGUUAGAGUAAUCACAAAUCUUGAGGAAUUAAAAGUAAUCUCUUGUGGAAUGAUUGAGAACAUAGUGGUUUGGAGCACAGAUGAUAAAGAGGAUGCCAAUGUUAACGGACAUGCGACAACUAUUGGGUUUAACAAACUAAGUUAUUUGUCACUUUCAGAACUUCCAAAGCUUAUCAAUGUUUGUUCAGAUUCUCUUGAGUUUCAAUGCCCAUCCUUGACAAAAUUUGAGAUUAUAGAGUGUCCUAUGUUGGAGAUAUCUUUAUUACCACCCCACAUCCAAACAAAUCAAGAUAAUAUCAUUGUCACAUAUUCAGAAAAUAACUCAAGCUCUUCUACUUGGGCCCUACCAGGAUGUAGGUCAUUUCUACCCAAAUUUAUUCGUCAGAGAACCAAGAGAGUUAAUAAGGAAGUAUCACUACCCCGAGCACUUGAGGAUCGCAUACCUUACAUUUCUGAAAGGAAAAACAAGAAAGUAAAAAAAAUUCAUAUGCCUGUUCUAGAAGAGCUCUGCAUAAUAAAGUGUGAUUUGCUGGAUGUAUUAUUUAUUUUUGAAGAAAAAUUCAAUUUCCUAGUUCCUUCACACCUGCAAACCAUCAGAAUUGAAAAGUGUGCCAAAUUAAAGGUCAUUAUGGCUAGAAGGGAAGAAAGAGAUGACAUAAUAAACACUUUUACUCGAUUAAAGUCUCUUCACUUGAAAGAGCUUCCAAAUCUUGUGAGGUUUUCCUUUUCAGGAAUAUACGAGUCUUGGGACAAACAAGACAUGGAUGGCCAAGAGGGAGAUCACGUAAGGAUAACAUGUCACCCACUAAUGGAUGAAUCCUUGUUUCCAAACAUAACCUCUUUAUGUAUAGAAGCAUGCCACAAAAUCAACAUUUUGUUUUCUCAUUCAUCCAUGAGUGGUCUUAAGCAUCUUCAGAAGCUAAAAGUACGAGAUUGUGCGAACAUGGAAGAAAUAGUACUUCAUCAAGGAAAAAUAGAAGCAAGUUCAAGUAAGAUUGUGUUCCAUGCAUUGCAAUAUCUACUUCUUACAAAGCUACCCAACCUAAAGGCCUUCUCUCAAUGUCACAAUAAUCUUGAUUUUCCAUCGCUGCAAAACGUGUAUAUUAAAGAUUGUCCCAAUAUGGAAGUGUUUUCAAGAGGAUUUUCUGAUACACCGAAGCUUGAGGAUCUCUCGAUAACACCGAAGUUUGAGGAUCUCUCGAAGUUUGAGCAUCACAUGUUACGGAUUGUCUCUGCCACCAACAACUUUAGACAUAAUAGAGAUAUCAAUGCAUAUCUCAAAAGCAUUUAUGGCAUCAUCACAAGGAUUCAAGAUGUUCAACUGGACCAAACUUCAUAAUGAAGGAUACUUCAUAAAAAUCUCUAAAACAUGCAUCGAAGGAUUUCAUAAACUGGUGGUGCUUGUCCCGUACAAUGAGAUACAAAUGUUUCAACAUGUGAGAGAGCUCACUGUAAGUAACUGUGAUUCUUUGGUUGAGGUGUUUGAAUCAGUAGGAGAAUUUACAAAAAGAAUGGAUGCUACCAUACAUUCUCAGCUGCAAAAGAUGACAUUGAAUGAUUUGCCAAAAUUGAGUCACAUAUGGAAACACAAUAUUACGAAGGUUGUAAGCUUCCAGAAUCUAAAAGAUAUUGGUGUUUCAAAUUGCCACAAUUUGAAGAAUUUGCUCUCUCAUUCCAUGGCCAAAAGCCUUGUGCAACUUCAAAAAUUAGUAGUUAAGAAAUGUGAAAUAAUGGAGGAGAUACUAACAAAGGAAGAAGAAUUGUUAAAAGUUUGAAUCAAUAUUAUUAUUAUAGUUUAAUAGAGUUUAUUGAGUUUCUUAGGAUUCCUAUUGUUACUAGUUUUAACUAUAGGAAUUAUGAGUAUUAGUUGGUGUGUUACAAAUUUAAGGUAGUUUAAUUCUGAUUUAUGUUUAUGUUUUUUAUGUUAUGUUUUUCAUGUAUUUAAAGGAUGAUAAUAUCAAUAAAAUUGUGUGAGUUGUAUUCCUC